GAUGCAGAGCAAUGAUAUGCUAGAGACAGUAGCCGCAGUACCAGGAAUGGUCGGAGGAAUGCUUCUCCACCUAAAAUCAAUCCGGAAAUUCGAACAUAGUGGCAGUUGGAUCAAAGCAUUACUAGAAGAAGCAGAGAACGAGAGGAUGCAUCUAAUGACGAUGAUGGAGUUAGUCAAACCCAAAUGGUACGAGCGUCUUCUAGUGAUGCUUGUUCAAGGAAUAUUCAACUCUUUUCUCGUUUGUUACGUGAUGUCGCCGCGGUUAGCUCAUCGGGUCGUUGGAUAUUUAGAAGAAGAAGCUAUACAUUCUUACACCGAGUUUCUUAAAGAUAUCGACGAUGGGAAGAUCGAGAAUGUUGCCGCGCCCGCGAUUGCUAUUGAUUAUUGGAGAUUGCCUAAAGAUGCUACGUUGAAAGAUGUCGUCACAGUGAUUCGUGCUGAUGAAGCUCAUCAUCGAGAUGUCAACCAUUUUGCUUCUGACAUUCGCAAUCAAGGAAAAGAGUUGCGAGAAGCAGGAGCUCCGAUUGGUUAUCACUAACCAAUUUCAAAGAGUCUUCUAUCUACUUGGAGUUUUCUUAUGAUUUUGGAUAUGAAUUUGUUUGAAUGUACUAAAACAAGUUUUAAUGGUGUUAGAGAUAGGAGUACCGGUGUAUC